GUGUAAGUGUAGCCGGGGUCAGGCGGUCGCUGACGCAUGGCCCUGGCUUCCCUCGCGGCCUCGCUCCCCAUCGCCGCCGCCGCCGCGAGAUUCCGAUUCGGCGUCCGCUUCCGCGGCAUGGCCUCCGCAUCGGCCGCCGGAGCCGCGACGGGCGCGCCGGCGAGGGUGGGCGUGGUGCAGAUGACCUCCGUGGGGGACGUCAACGCCAACUACGCCACCUGCUCCCGCCUCACCAAGGAAGCAGCUGCCUCUGGAGUGAAAUUUCUUUGCUUCCCUGAGGUCUUCUCAUUCAUUGGAUCCAAGGAUGGCGAGUCUGUUAAGCUAGCUGAACCAUUAGAUGGGCCAAUAAUGCAGAGAUAUUGCUCACUUGCAAAAGAAUCAGGCAUGUGGUUAUCUCUUGGGGGCUUUCAGGAAAAGGGACCUGAUGAUUCUCACCAGUACAAUACUCAUGUGUUAAUUGAUGAUUCUGGAAAAGUUAGGAGCUCAUAUCGAAAAAUACAUUUGUUUGAUGUUGAUGUACCUGGCAAUAUGGUGUACAAGGAAAGUCGUUUCACAACUGCAGGCGAUACAAUUGUUGCUGUGGAUAGCCCUUUUGGACGGUUGGGGCUUACUGUUUGCUAUGAUUUGAGAUUCCCAGAGCUUUAUCAAAUUCUGCGCUUUAAGCAUGAAGCACAGGUAUUACUAGUACCCUCCGCAUUCACCAAGGUAACCGGGGAGGCACACUGGGAAAUCCUCCUCCGUGCUCGUGCAAUUGAGACACAAUGUUAUGUUAUUGCUGCGGCUCAAGCUGGAAAGCAUAAUGAGAAAAGAGAAAGCUAUGGUGAUUCUAUAAUUAUUGAUCCAUGGGGAACGGUAAUAGCUCAACUUCCAGAUCGGCUCUCCACUGGAUUUGCAGUUGCAGAUCUUGAUUUGUCAAAAGUUGAGGCUGUGAGAACUCGAAUGCCAAUUGCAGAGCACCGGAAAUUCGACAGUGAUUGGAAAUCCUUGACUCACCAAUAGCUGAGAACUGGUCUUGUAUUUCCUCCGUUUGUACAUUUACAUUUGGCAUAUUCGUUUAUAUGCACAAUUGCCACAAGUUUCGUGAAUAGCUUGUUUGGACUUUGGAGACCUUCCAGUAGGACAAAGAUGUUGAACAAAAUAAGCUGUAAUGACGAUGACAUUGGGUCGAAAUGGAUGUAUUACAGACUUACAGUACGAGUAAGAGAUUUGGUGCUAGUUGGAAAUUUUUUGCUGA